CCGGCUUGCGACGCGCUUUGGCGGGAAGCGGCGUUUUCGGAAGAGCCGCGGAGCGAGAGGACUCGCGGGAGGAGGCGGCAGAUGUGCAGGUUGUGAAGAUGGCAGUGCCGUUUGUGGAAGACUGGGACUUGGUGCAGACUCUUGGAGAAGGCGCUUAUGGAGAAGUUCAACUAGCUGUGAAUAGGCGCACCGAGGAAGCAGUUGCAGUGAAAAUGGUGGACAUAAAAUGUGCCGCUGAAUGUACGGAUCAGAUCAGGAAGGAGAUCUGUAUCAACAAAAUGUUGAAUCACGAGAACAUUGUGAAAUUCUUCGGGCAUCGUCGAGAAGGCACUAUUCAGUACCUCUUCCUUGAAUACUGCAGGGGGGGCGAGCUUUUUGACCGAAUAGAGCCUGAUAUCGGUAUGCCAGAAUCAGAAGCGCAGAGAUUUUUCCACCAGCUAAUUGCUGGCGUGGUCUACCUCCAUAGCAUAGGAGUGACACAUCGGGAUAUAAAGCCAGAGAAUCUGCUACUUGAUGCAAGAGACAACCUCAAGAUCUCAGACUUUGGGCUUGCUACUGUAUUUAAAUAUAACGGCUGCGAGCGGCUGCUGAACAGGAUAUGUGGCACGCUUCCAUACCUGGCCCCCGAAGUCCUGAAAAAGAAAGAAUUUCACGCUGAGCCUGUGGAUGUUUGGUCAUGUGGAAUAGUGCUGACUGCGAUGUUAGCAGGAGAACUGCCGUGGGACCAGCCUGCCGAUACUUGCCAAGAAUACUGUGAUUGGAAAGAAAGAAAGACAUAUCUUUCCCCAUGGAAGAAGAUUGACUCAUUGCCCCUUGCCUUGCUUCUCAAACUCUUAAACGAAAACCCCUCAUCCAGGCUGACUCUUGCAGACAUUAAGAAAGACAGAUGGUAUACAAGACCUUUAAGGAAAGGCAUAAAGCGAUCCCGGGGGUCUUCAGGAGGCGCUUCUGAUUCGCCAGGAGGUUUUUCUAAACACAUUAGAUCAGAUAUGGAUUUCUCACCCGUAAAAGUUAACCCCUGGCAACGUUUAGUAAAGAGGAUGACCCGUUUCUUUUUGAAAUUGGACGCUGACCAGUCUUACCAAAUCUUGAAGGAGGUUUGUGAAAAGAUGGGCUACGUCUGGAAGAAAGGUUGCACAAACCAGGGUGAUGGUUUGGAAUUCAAAAGGCAUUUCCUGAAGAUCAAAGAGAAACUAAAUGAUCUUGUCAGCCCACAGAAGUUAUGGCUUCCAGUGACAUGAUCCCCUUCUGGUUGAAAAACAAGUGAAUUUGGCUGCAGUGUCUUCAGCCAUAGGACAGUUUAUGCUAAGGCAUGCCCUGACUUCACACACUCAGUGUCCAUUCUUCUUGGCUCUGACAUGAUUAGUAACCAAUUCGGACAUAAUUAUGUAUUUUUUGUAGGGUAACCGUCAUGAAAAUUUCCAGUGUCUUAGAUUUCGUGGGCUUUUAGCUUGCAUUCCACUUUAUACAGAUAAUUCAAAUGUUUUAGCAUGCCACAUUUUCUAAAUGGGAAUAUUUUUUUUUCCAAAGUGAAUACAAACUGAAGUUUUGCAAAGAGCAGAAGGAAAUUAAAUGAAAACCAGCACCAAGCAACAACUUGCUUUGUAUACUUGGGAGCUGUGCUGUUGAAUUUUCAAAAUGCAGCACAAACUCCAUAUCAGAAUACCUGGCUUAGCUUGAAAUUAUUUCUUGGCCAAGUGUUGCCGGGGGAAAAAAAGUGACGCAUGAUUGUUCUUCAUUUUUGAAUUUUUCACUUUGAAAAAAAAGAAAAGAAAACAUUACAAAUGUGAUCAAUGUAAUUUGUUAAAAUAUUUUUCUAUGUCCAAAUGCCCCUUCCCAUAAAAAACAUCUGUGCUGUUGAUCACUAAAAAUGUGGAAAUUGAAGGAAUGGGAUAAGAUUAGCAGUUUUUCCUGCAUCCUAUUACUCUUAGUUUGUUCCAGGCAUUUCAGCCUCAUAUUACCGCAUGUCUGGAUGCUGCUUGAUUGGACCAUUGUGGACACAGAGAAGAAUGGAGACAAAGGACACGAACCUUUGUUCUCACCAUAGUGCUGACCCGUUUUACUUACCCAUGUUCCAGCAAUGUGAUUUUAAAAAAAA